UUGUAAGCGGUGGCGGCUUUCAACAGAUCUAGAUACGAGGUAGAACAGGGUUAGGUGACGGGGGUGUAGUGGUUGUGAGCGGCGACGACUGGUAGUUUUCUAGGUUCCGAUCCCGGGUGGUGGGUGAUGGCGGUUAGAGGUGGUGGAGUGUUUCUGGUGGGCGAUGGAGGUUAGAGGUGGUGGUGGAUGUUAUCCGGUGAAGGGUGACAUUGAUGGCGGUUCAUAAGUGGUGGUGGGUGUUUGUUAUCCGGUGAAGGGUGACAGUGAUGGCGGUUCAUAAGGAUGCCACAAAUUCAAGUCAAAACUCGAGACACCAACAGUCUCCAUACUCCCACUAGCACCAUUUAUGGACUCAACUCCACCUCCGUUCAAGAUCUCAUCAAAUUGUGUUGCAAAAAGUUAAACCUGCUAUAUGUUGUAAAAUGUUAAAAAGCUCUUAAAGAAUUAUUGUUAUAGAAAUUCUUGUUCCUGUGGAUGCUAAUUGCUAAUUAUUGCAGUAGGCAACUAGAUGGUGCCCUUUUUCUGGCGAGCGGAUCUUGGCCGGCCGGAGGAUAAUGUUUGGUGUUGCCGGAGAAACAGAACAGGUGGAGAUGGAAAUCAAAGAGAAUGCGCGGCGCCGGUGGAAGAAUAUUCAGACGGAUCACCGUUUCUACUCUCAAGGACAAAUGGCGAAAUAUGAAUGGAGGUGGUUGUGUGUCUGGCGGCAGAAGCAAAGCUAGUACUUCUCGCCCGCCGGUUAAGAGAAUAGACCGAAAGUACAAGUACAAUACAAUGAUUUACGAGUCUCUCAGAUACAUUGAAGAUCCCAAUGGAACUGAUGUCGAUACGAUGAUUAACUUUCUUGAGUCAAAGUAUGAGCUACACAGUAACUUUAGAAAAUCAUUUAUUGCAGCGCUUGAAGCACUUGAGGUGAAAGGAUACCUUAAGAAGGUGAAUGACCGCUACAAGGUGAAGAAGGGUAGGUCUUCGGGUGCUAAAACAUCCCGACAAGAGGAUGUUAGGACAAAUACUGUUGAUACUCGAGAACAUCCUGCAAGUGUUGCCAUUAGGGUGGCGUUAGCUGAAACCUAUGAAUACAAGGUAACCAAACUUUGUGAAGAUAAAAAUAAGCUUGAAGAGCUGCUGGAUGAAAGCGUAGCAAUGUUAAUGCUUGCGGAAGGACUCUAUGAACAAUGCAAAAAAUACGGAUCGGUUACUUAUAGUGCUGUUUAAAAGACUGGUUCCAGUGGUACUGGUAAUCUGGUGGUAAAGGUUAAUGAUGCUGAGUUGGUGAUCAUGUUGCUUAAUCUUUUUUUCCUUCAAGGAGAGAUGUAUUGUUGUUGUUUUCAACUCUUGUGGAUUAGGCAAACUCAAAACUUUAGUUCAUGUUUUCUCUCUUUUUUUUUUUUUUUUUUUUUUUUUUUUUUUUUUUUUUUUUUUUGGUGCUCUUAUCUGGUGAAUCAAUGUGAAAAUGUUGCAACAUGGAAAUUUCCCAUAUUUGAAUAAUUGGGUCAAUGUAGAUCACCUUAUGUAGUCUUUAUCA